AUGCCAGCCCCUUGCCACUACUAUUUCCUCUAUUAUCAAUUUAUCAUUUCAAAUCAUUUUAUUGACCACUUGCAGGACUCAGCAUCUGUUUCCACCGUUCAGUGGCCUGUGUCCAUGGCCUCUGAAGCUCGCCAGCGGCCGCGGUCAGAAUAUUUCGGUAGUGCGGGAACGGAGCGGGAUGCGGAAAUAGACGACCUCCCCUCUGUCGUGCUUAGUUCCAAUUCCUUUUCCGCCGCUUCUAAGUCCUCCAUGGUUGACUUUGUUGAGGUGUCCCCAGCCUCUAUUGGCCUGUACUUCGAGGAUGGCAGCUAUACAGUGAUGUCUUUCACUUCAAAAGACAUGUUCGUCAACUGGUUGCAAGUUCUCUCCGCUGUUGUAGCCGUAAAUCGUGUUCGCCGCUCCUUCCCUCACAUUGGUAGGUUGAAUUUCAAUGAACUCACAUUCUCAGCCCCUGAUUAUACUUGA